AUGUGGCAUUAUCGCGUUGGUGUCGCGGCGACGGGAUGCGGACGUCGACUGAUCGCGAGUUACAUUUCGAGCCCUUCUUCGUCGCCAUUGCUGGGUUCUCGGGUCGGAGACUUGAUUGACGAAACUGCGGAGAAAUUCCCAGACAGAGAUGCCUUCGUGUCGACGUACGAGAACGCGAGGAUCAAGUACGGUAAACUGAAGACGGAGGUGGACGAUUUUGCUGCUGGUUUGCUCGCAGUUGGGUUGAAACCCGGAGACCGUGUCGGAAUAUGGGGCCCGAACAGCUUCCACUGGUAUGUUGUCUUGAAAUCUGGUCGGUUUUCAUUCUCUUUCAUCUUUUUUUUUUUUAAUCGGUUGUACGCGGAAUGGUUUGUUUUAUCGUCAGUUUUGUUAGUGUUGAAUGCAGACUUUGUUAAUAACUUUGCGUUGGCCAAAGCUGGUCUGAUCUCAGUCAACGUGAACCCAGCUUAUCAGACCCGGGAGUUGGAGCAUUGCGUGAAAGCAGUCGAAAUUCGCGGUAUCAUCGCCGCGCCCGGGUUCAAAACAUUGGACUACUUCGCCAUGCUUUCCGAAAUCGUGCCCAGAACGAACCUCGACUUCGUCGUGAUGAUGGGUUCUACGAGUGUAGAAUCUAAACUCGGAUAUUUGACCAUGUCGGAAGUUGAAGCGAAGGGACACAACGACGCGGCCAAAGAGAGACUAGAGAAGAUUGCCAAAAGAAUCCAUUUCGAUGAUCCCGUGAAUAUUCAGUUCACUUCCGGUACGACGGGUUUGCCCAAGGGAGCUGUCCUUUCUCAUCAUAAUAUUGUGAACAACGCGUUCUUCCUUGGAAAGAGGAUCGGCUAUGGAGAGAAACAUCAUAAAAUUUGUCUGCCGGUCCCUUUGUAUCAUUGUUUCGGUUGCGUUGCUGGAACAAUCGCCAGUGUGCUUCAUUCUGCUGCUCUGGCAGCUGUGGAAGCAGAAAAAUGCACGUCACUCUACGGCACACCGACGAUGUUCAUCGACAUGUUGGAUAGGCCGAAUUUCUCAAAGUACGAUCUAACUUCGCUUGAAACCGGUGCAAUGGCAGGAUCCCCUUGCCCGGAACCUCUGGUGCGGGAAGUACGCCACCGAAUGCACAUGAAGAACUUUUCGAUAUUUUUCGGUAUGACGGAAACGAGUCCUGUGACGUGUCAAAGCUUUCCCACGGAUUCGGAGGAGAUACGGGCUACUACCGUUGGUUUUCCUUCGGAGCACGUAGAGCUUAUGGUGAAAGAUUUGGAAGGAAACGUUGUUGAACGCGGCAUUCCCGGUGAACUUUUUGUCCGAGGCUACGUCACAUUCCUUGGGUAUUGGAAAAACCCCCAAAAAACCUCAGAAAUCAUGGCUGGCCAGAAAUGGCUCCGGACCGGUGAUUUAGUUGUGAUUCACGAAUCCGGCUACGAGUUUUGCAAAGGGAAAUUGGCGCAUUUCAAAAUCCCGAGAUACAUUUUGUUGACUGAUGUUCUCCCUACUACAACGUCUGGGAAGAUUCAGAAGUUCAAAUUGAGAGAGGAGGCUAUUGUUCGCUUGAAUCUCAGUAUGCCCAAGACUCAUUGA